AUGGCCCAUCAAUCCUCUCGGCCACCUGCACACGCCCAGUGCCAUGGAUCCAUGUCUCUCCACGCCAUGCUCGCUCUGCACACGACACGCGCCGCCGCCGCCAUGUGUAUACAUGGAUUGUGUAGACUGUCCGUCUGUCCGUCUGUCACCGUGGCCCUCGCCAAUGUCAUGGCACACGUACAUGUAGGCUGGCAGGCCGUGUGGCUUGCGCGCGCACCUGUGGCGUCGACCCAUGCAUGCGCCGUUGGACGUGCUGUGGGUGUGUGGCUUGUACCCUGCCCUGCCCUGCCCUGCCCUAUCCUGCCCUACACACUCUACACACCCACACUACUGUACAUACACAUACAUGCACGCAGCCAUCCCAGCCAGCCCAGCCCAGCCCUAGAACUCCCGCCCGCCAGCAUAUCGCCUGCUGCCUCACCCUCACCCUCACCCUCACCCGGCUCCUGGUCGGCUCCUGCUCGUGCUCAUCUCGUCUCGUCUCGUCUCGCCCAUCUGCUUCUCCCGGCUUCCGUGGCGCAUGCAUCCCCUCCCCCUCCCCCUCCCCUCCCCUCCCCGACCCCCCUCGCGCUCGCGCUCGUGCUCUGCCGUCCAUCGCACACCACCUUGGCCCCUCCCCCGAAGCCAGCCAGCCAGCGGCGGUAG